ACCAAAAUUGAACGUCGUCAAAAUCAAAACACACUGUCACUUCCACUACUGAUAAGCCAUGGAAGGUUUAUCAGUAGCCUCACCAAGUCUCUCUCUGCAAAUCCACUCCUUCCCGCCAAAAAUUCGCUUCACCGCCACCGGCGGUGACAACCCUAACAACCACCACGCCUUCAAGCUUCACGCUUUAUCACGACGACGCCGAAAACCUCCGAAAUUCGAAGAAAACGACGCGUUUCCGGACUCGUUACCGCUCCACACGAAGAACCCACACGCCGUUUACAAGGACAUACAAAGAUUCGCGAGGCAGAACAAGAUCACCGAGGCCCUGGCGAUUCUGGACUACUUGGACCAAAACGGCAUCCCCGUCAACGCCACCACAUUCUCCCACCUCAUCACCGCCUGCGUCCGCACGAGGUCGUUGGACACCGGCAAGAAGAUCCACACCUAUAUUCGGAUCAAUGGACUCGAAGCCAACGAGUUUCUGCGCCGGAAAUUGGUGAAUAUGUACACGAGUUUCGGGUCGGUUGAUGAUGCACACAACUUGUUCGAUGAUGUGUCUAGCAAGAACGUGUACUCGUGGAAUGCGUUGCUUAGAGGGACUGUGGUUGCGGGUGGGAAGCGGUACCGUGAUGUUCUCGAGACGUAUUCGGAAAUGAGGGGGUUGGGGGUGGAGAUGAAUGUGUAUAGUUUCUCUAAUGUGAUCAAGAGCUUUGCGGGCGCUUCGGCGCUUUCGCAAGGUUUGAGGACGCAUGGGCUGUUGGUGAAGAAUGGUUUUGUUGAUAGUGUGAUUGUUGGGACGAGUUUGAUUGAUAUGUACUUCAAAUGUGGCAAGAUUAAGCUUGCGCGCCAAGUGUUUGAGGAGAUGGGUGAGAGGGAUGUGGUUUUGUGGGGAGCUAUGAUUGCGGGUUUUGCGCAUAAUAGGUUGUACAAGGAAGCUUUGGAGCAUUUGAGGAUGAUGGUGGAUGAAGGGAUAAGGCCGAAUUCGGUUAUAUUGACUAGUAUUCUUCCGGUGAUUGGGGAAGUUUCGGCACGAAAGCUUGGGCAGGAAGCGCAUGCUUAUGUGCUGAAGACAAAGAGUUAUUUGAAGCAGGCAUUUGUUCAGUCUGCUUUGAUAGAUAUGUAUUGCAAGUGCGGCGACAUGGAGAUGGGAAGACGGGUUUUUUAUAGUUCAAUGGAGAGGAAUGCAAUUUGUUGGACUGCUUUGAUGUCGGGUUACGCUGCAAAUGGGAGGCUUGAGCAGGCAUUGAGGUCGGUCAUUUGGAUGCAGCAGGAAGGGUUUAAGCCGGAUGUGGUCACGGUUGCCACUGCCCUUCCGGUUUGUGCAGAGUUGAAGGAUUUGAAACGAGGGAAGGAGAUUCAUGCUUAUGCUGUGAAGAAUUGCUUCUUGCCCAAUGUAUCUAUUGUUUCUUCUUUAAUGGUCAUGUACUCAAAGUGUGGUGUCUUGGAGUACUCUAUAAGAUUAUUUGAUGGUAUGGAGCGGAGAAAUGUUAUUACGUGGACAGCCAUGAUAGAUUCCCAUGUUGAAAAUGGCUGCCUAGAUGAGGCACUUGGUGUCAUAAGGUCAAUGCUUUUGUCAAAGCACAGGCCAGAUUCGGUUGCAAUGUCAAGGAUGUUGGCUAUUUGCGGGGGACUAAAGAAUUUGAAGCUUGGGAAGGAAAUGCAUGCACAAGUUUUGAAGAAGAAUUUUGAGUCCGUCCAUUUUGUUUCUGCUGAACUUGUGAAAAUGUAUGGGCACUGUGGAGCAAUUGAUCAUGCAAAGUCAUUUUUCGAUACAAUUCCAGUCAAGGGUUCAAUGACAUGGACUGCAAUUAUAGAAGCUUAUGGAUAUGCUGGCAUGUAUCAAGAAGCAAUUAGUCUUUUUGAUCAGAUGAGAUCUAAAGACUUCACUCCAAACAAUUUCACUUUCCAAGUGGUUCUAUCUAUUUGUGACCGAGCUGAAUUGGUUGAUGACGCUUGCCGUAUCUUCCGUUUGAUGUCUCGCAGAUAUAAAACCAGGGUAUCUCAAGAACAGUACUCUCUACUCAUUGAACUUCUUACUCGAUCUGGCCGCAUUGAGGAAGCUCAGAGAUUUAUACAAAUGAGCUCAUCUUUAGUAUAACAGUAGAUAAUUGAACCUUCCCUUUUCAGGAGAUAAAUUCACUGUAGGUGAGAAAAGUAGUAAUUGUUGAUUUUUAGACAAAUAUGUUGGAUCAAGAGCCUCACUUUAUUUUGGUCAAUGCAGUAGUGGUUUGAAUAUAAGGCUGUGCUACAGGGAUUUUGCUUACACAGAGUUCUUAGUUCAUAAUCUUGGGGAUCCCAGUAGAUUAGUGAUUUUGGAUAUCCUGCUUGAAUUGAGAAUCAACAGUGAGUUUGAAAUUAUUUGUGUUUCCAGUACCAAUGAGAUUAAUGUACUCGUGGCACUGCUUCUGCUAUUUUGCUUAUAAUUAUAAUAAAACGAACGUGCAAGGCAUAAAUCUUAUGUUCGAGAACAAGGAAAUAGCAAAUAUGAAAGAGGACUACGGCUUCAGUUGAAACUGCAUGUUCUAUGUUAGUGAUGUCCAUCCCGUAUUGUUACUUGUUAAUUAUUUAGUCAGUUUCUCGGGCAUGGCUAUAAACGAAGAGGUACUGUAUAUCCUAGUGGACAAUAAGUUUCUGCAUCAAAUCCUGAGGGAUUGGAAGAUAUCUGACUUCCCAAGUGAUUUUUUGUUUGGAGCCAUUACUGCUGCUGCACAGGUGAAAUUGAAGGAUCAGCAAAAGAAGCAGGAAGAGAGAUCAACCAAGUGUUUGGGACAACUUCGAUUGACACUUCCAGAAAGAAUUGAGGACCACUCUAACAUGUCUAGAGGCAUUGAUUCCUAAAGCUUGCACAAAGUAAAAUGUGAGAUUUUAAGGACCUUGGAGUUCAUUCUUACAUAUUUUCCAUCUCAUGGACUAUGAAUCUUCCUAACGGAUCCUUAAGAGAUGGGGUGAGCUAAGGGUAUUGAUUACUAUGACAGUUUGAUUGAUGAGUUCAUCGAGAAUUCCAUCGCACCCCUAUAUGAGCUUAUUGCCCAUGCACACAAUCUUUGAAUGGAUCUCGGCUUUCUGAAUCACUCUUUCAUGGAUGAUGUCAAGGAUUGCAGUGAAAUUUGUUUCAAAAUCUGGAGCAUAGAGAGAACUGGAUUACAAUGGUCGAACAUAUUGCCAACUAAAGCCUCAUGAUUCAGGCUUUGCUCACUGCCUACGAAAGACAAUACCUCAAGCACAUUCUGAUAUAGUACUAAGUGGUUCCCUAAAUUCCUAAAGGGUCAGAAAUUCUCACUGAAAUUAUGUAUCCAACUUUAUGUUGAGUGGAAAGAGCCAAAAAGAAGACUGGUGUUGGUUGUACUCCUAAUGAGCGUUUCAAAUUAUCAAGGACAGCACUAAGUAGAGCUUUAUCAGUUAUCUGGAGUGCAGAUAGCUUUUAUUUCUUGCUCUCUGUUCUAGCUAACCUUGUAACAUAAAAGUGUGACAGUAUAAUACUAAGUUG